AUGACAUAUGCACCCAUGAAGCCUACUAAGCCUGGUUAUGAAGAACCACGUAAGAUAAGGAUUACCCUUUGUUCAAAAAAUGCGAAAAACUUGGAGAAAGGAACCAACACAUGGGACAGAUUUGAGCUAAGGAUCCACAAGAGAUUGAUAGAUUUGUUUAGCACACCAGAUGUGGUGAAGCAAGUCACUUCAAUUACCAUGGAGCCUGGUGUUCAAGUUGAAGUUACUAUUGUUGAUGUUUGA